AUGAAGCCCGUAAGCGCCCUCGCCUUUCUCGCCGCCCAGUGCCACCUCGCCUUCUCCUCCCCGCUGGAAAGCGCCGCCGCCGAAUGCGGCUCCCUGGGCGUCAUGAAAGUCGACUCUGCCUCCCUCCCGCCGGGAGUCGACGCAGCCGCGAUCCGCAAGUGCGCCGAGCACCCUCUGGCGGCGUCUCCCAACCCCGUGUCCAAGCGAGACUGCUGGUACGGCAAGCCGUCCGGGUGCUCCAAGGGCUAUUGCUGGAAGUCUUGCGGCGGUACCGGGCAGUGGUGCUGGACUGCCUUCAACGACGGCUACGGCAACUGGAUCGGGUGCAAGAACGACGGGCAGUGCAACACGAACCAGGCCUGCGGGAUCGGUAACUGCAAGAGCUGCGGCUGCAGCUGCUGA